AUGAGUUCGCGACGAGCUCUACUAGCUGCUGUGGUCCUCUUCUUCACCCUGAUUGGUGUGAUCACAAACAUUAUGCUACUCAUCGUGAUUAUAUGUCAUUGGAAAAUUUCCUUUCGAUCUCAGCACUUCACGUUCUUCGUGCUGAAUAUGAUUACCUCGGGUCUAGUCUACUCCGUAACAAACCUAUGGGUGUCCGUUCCAUGUACCUUAAAUGAAUGCCCGUUUAUAAGCUCGGACACAGUCAUGAUUACGCUGGCAACUCCUAAUACUUUGGGACACUGGGGAUACCUCUUAUCAUCGCUGGCUUUCACAGUGUAUCGUUUUGGUCUAUUUAUGUCUAAAAGUAUUGCAGAAAGGACCACUUGCAUCAAGGUUUGAAU